AGUGAUGUCACUGCUCCCCGCCACCCGCUCGCUCUAGGGCCGUAGGGGCGACCCGCACAGUGCCUGAGCUUCCUUUUUUUCCUCAACAAAAAACCCAACAGAAACAAAACAAAACGAAAUAAAAGAGAAAAAGUUUAACAACGUUCCCCCCGUGUGUGUGCGUGCUCUGCCAGUGUUCUGGAACGACGCGUUGGGCGCCGAAGCCCUGCGCGUGCUGGGGGAGCGAGGCGCUCUCGGGCGCCUGCUAGCAAACGUCAGGCGCUCGUUGGGGCAGCCUUGCGAGCGGGUCCUUCUUGGCCGUGCGGGCGGCGGCGGCGGCUCCUCGGUUCAUGUUUUUAUCCCGUUUUUUGGUAAAGAUGGCAGCCAACAAUGCAGUGCUGAGCAGACUGGAGCAGAAGGGUGCUGAGGCCGAUCAAGUUAUUGAGUACCUCAAGCAGCAACUUGCCCUGCUCAAGGAAAAAGCCAUCUUGCAAGCAUCUCUCCGAGAAGAGAAGAAGCUCCGUGUAGAAAAUGCUAAACUGAAGAAAGAAAUUGAAGGGUUGAAACAGGAGCUGAUUCAGGCUGAAAUUCGAAAUGGAGUAAAGCAGGUUGCAGUUCCUACUGGUACAACCCUUUCUACAGCUUCGUUUUCGGAGAAUGUUCCACAACCUACAGCAGUUACAGCAUCUUCUGGUUCCAAAGAUCAAAUUAAAGGUGAAGAGGAAGAAAAGAAAAAGAAAGAAAAAGUAGAGAAAAAAGGUGAAAAGAAGGAGAAGAAACAGCAGCCAGCUGCUGGAAGUGGCGAUGCGAAACCUGUAGAUGUUUCUCGUCUGGAUCUUCGUGUUGGCUGCAUUAUUAGUGCUGAAAAGCAUCCAGAUGCAGACACUCUGUAUGUUGAACAAGUGGAUGUUGGUGAAGCAAGCCCAAGGACUGUUGUCAGCGGUUUAGUGAAACAUGUUCCUCUGGAUAAGAUGCAGAAUCGGAUGGCAGUGCUACUCUGUAACUUGAAGCCUGCGAAGAUGAGAGGAGUGGUGUCUCAAGCAAUGGUGAUGUGUGCCAGCUCCCCAGAAAAAGUGGAAAUUCUGGCUCCUCCACCUGGAGCGGUACCUGGGGACAGAAUCACUUUUGAAGGUUUUCCUGGAGAUCCUGAGAAGGAACUUAAUCCAAAGAAGAAGAUUUGGGAGCAAAUCCAACCUGAUCUUCAUACCAAUGACCAGUGUGUUGCUACAUACAAAGGAGUUCCAUUUGAAGUGAAAGGGAAAGGAGUGUGCAGGGCAGAGACCAUGGCAAACAGCGGAAUCAAAUAAAUAAAUAAAUAAAUAGUUAUUAGAAACUUGUACAGAUGUUGAAAUGGAAAGUGAUGCAAGCAGAAUAAAAAACAUUAAAUGUA